UAAUACUACUUAAUACAUGAACGAAAAAGUUGAAAAUAAACUUACUUUUAAAACAAUUUCUUAAUGAAACUUCAAGGUUAUCAAGAUAUCACUAAAAGUGUUUCUGAAAUGUAUUUGUUGCAAAAUUUUGAAAACUUGUGAAUUCUAUUUUUCUAUUUUACUUUUCGUUAUCGCGGCUACUUAUUAACAAAAACAUAUUUAUGCUCUACACAUUAUCCUUGUAGAGGAUAAAUAUAUCGAGUAGGUAGCGUGCUACUGCAAGGAGGUUUGAUAAUUUGUGUCUUCUGACAUAAAUAAAUAAGAAAAAUACUUUUUUUUUGUCUUCUAAUUUGAUGAGAAAACAUGACAACGUAAUGUGUAAAGUAAACAAUAUUAUUGUCAUUCGUUGUUUUUAUUUUCAAUUAUUGUUCGUUCAACGGUUUGCCUAAGUGUUAUAAUUUUCAGUUGUGACUUCAUAAGCAUUUGUAAAGAGAAUAUUACCUAUGAGUUUAAUUAUCGGAGUUAUACGUGUUGGUGUUGUCGGAGUGUUAGUAUUUUUAAACAGAAGUCAUCUGAUUGAAUCGUAUCAUGUUUUACGGAAGGGCGUGCCAAAGAAAAUGAUGAAAUGUGUUGAUCGUGGAGUAUUAAGGAAUAUUACGAAAACAGAAUCCAGGAAAUUCGAUAUGCUGGUAAGUCUGGGUGAGAAAUUUAUCAACGCAGGUAUUCAAGUCAAUUUAGAGCCUGCAGCUGCAGUAUCCAGUAGUAUUGAGAAAGAAAAGUUUCAAAAAAUGAAGGAAACAAAUCUGAAAUUGAAAAAUAGGUUGACGAAAUUGGAAGGUAAAUAUAUUUAUGGUUACCUGCCAUUUGUUUCAUAA